UCUUUUAGUAAGGAAAGGUAGACAGACACAAACUUUCAAUGCCUUAAAUUUGGCGACUUCUCUACUUUUGUUGUAAAUUGAAUUUGUGGGUGUUGAUUCAAUCCUUUUAUUUCGAUAAUAUUUUUUCCACCUUGGAGGAAAGCACCCGCGUGAGCAGGGGUGGAUUUGGUUUCUGUUACAUUCUUUGACUUUCGUGGGUUCUGUGAUUCCUUUUCAGGUUUUGUAGCCCUCCAUUUCUUGAUUCUGAAAGCGUAUAUUGUUGCGAUACAAAAAUGGUGAAAAGGUCAAAUGGGUUCUGUGAUGGUCGUUUUCCGGAAGAGCUAAAGAAAGUAUUGAGAUCGGUGGCGUCGAAUUGGGGGGAUGUGGUGGAUGAUAUGGAUGCCUUGUGUGUGAUACCUCUGAGAGGUGCAAUGACUAAUGAGGUUUAUCAGAUUAAUUGGCCCAAAAAGAAUGGUGAUCUUCCUCGGAAGGUCUUGGUUCGUCUUUAUGGAGAAGGUGUGGAGGUUUUCUUUAAUAGGGAGGAUGAGAUUAGGACCUUUAAAUGCAUGUCAAAGCAUGGACAAGGGCCUAGGCUUCUUGGCCGAUUUGCCGAGGGCAGGGUGGAGGAGUUUAUUCAUGCUAAGACUCUAUCAGCUGCUGACCUCCGUGAUCCAGAUAUCUCUGCUCUGGUAGCUUCUAAGUUGAGAGAGUUCCACAAUCUUGAUAUGCCUGGCCCCAGAACGAUGCUUCUUUGGGAGAGGCUGAGGAACUGGCUUAGUGAGGCCAAAUCGUUGUGUUCCCUUGAAGAUGCAAAUGAACUUCGCUUGGAUGUUCUAGCUGAAGAAAUCGAUAUGCUUGAGAAGGAGUUUUCACUGGAUUAUCAAGAUAUUGGGUUUUGCCAUAAUGACCUGCAAUAUGGGAACAUAAUGAUGGAUGAAGAGACGAGAUCAAUCACUAUUAUAGAUUAUGAAUACGCAAGCUAUAAUCCUAUUGCUUAUGAUCUUGCUAAUCACUUCUGUGAAAUGGUUGCAAAUUACCAUUCCGAGACGCCUCAUAUUUUGGAUUACAGCAGAUACCCAGGAAAGGAGGAGCGCAGAAGAUUUGUCCAUGCAUAUCUGAGUUCUGAUGGCAACCAACCAGCUGAGCUCGAAGUGGAGCAUCUUCUUAGAGAUGCAGAGAAGUAUACUCUUCCAAAUCAUCUAUUUUGGGGCUUGUGGGGAGUGAUUUCGGGCUACGUAAACACACUUGAAUUCGACUUCAUGGAAUACGCAAGACAAAGGUUUAACCAGUACUGGCUCAGAAAACCGACACUCUUGACAUCCUCCAGCACUCCCAGCCCCUGAUGAAAAUGUGAAUGGUUCUUCAAUAAAUAUUAAUGUGAAGAGCCAAAAUUAGUUUCAAGAUGUAAUUGUCGUAUCAGCUUGUAAACUCGUAAGAUUUUGUACAUAAUCGUCGAUAAUUUAACAUUGAAUAACUGGGUUUUUCUUCACAGUA